UUUCGACAAGUCAAAAUGAAGAUCGGUCUGUGCGCCUAUAGUGGAUACAAGAUCUACCCUGGCCAUGGAAAAACCAUGGUUAAGGUGGAUGGGAAGACCUUCACAUUCUUGAACUCAAAAUGUGAGGCCGCCCAUCUUAUGAGGAGGAACCCUCGUAAAGUGACAUGGACUGUGCUGUACAGGCGCAAGUUCAAGAAGGGCCAGGAAGAAGAGCAGGCCAAGAAACGUACCAGGAGGACUCAGAAAUUCCAGCGUGCUAUUGUUGGUGCCUCCCUCAACGACAUCAUGGCCAAGAGAAACAUGAAGCCUGAAGUACGCAAAGCCCAGAGAGAACAGGCUAUCAAAGCUGCCAAGGAACAGAAAAAGUCAACCAAGGCUGCAAAGAAGUCGACUGCACCUCCACCUAAAGCGAAAGCAGCGCCUAAGGCUAAGGCUGCGAAAGUCAGUCAGAAAUCUGCGCCGCGUGUAGGAGGAAAGCGAUAAGAACUUUAGUAAUAAAAUCUGACUAAAAAACCG